CGGGGUGGGAGGAGGACGCGAAAGAGGACCCGCCAUCGGCCAGCAACGGUCGGCGGGCGAGGCGAGCGGGCGCUUCUUUCCCCUCUUCCAGCCGGAGCCGCGCCCGGAGGCUUCGGAAACCUGCCGGAGGGAAGAAGAGCCGCCUCCCCUGGGGGGGGGGGUUCCCAUCGUUCCCCGCCAUUUUUGGGGGGGGGUCUGUGUUUUUCCUUCCCCCGUCGAACAACAAGCCUGCGAGGAAGAUAAGAAUUAGAAAAUGCCUAAAGAGGAAGACCGGGUAAUCCCGGUGAAGGUGGCACUGCGAUGCCGCCCGCUCGUUCCCAGAGAGACCUCUGAGGGUUGCCAGAUGUGUUUGUCUUUUGUCCCUGGAGAGCCACAGGUGAUUGUAGGCAAGGACAAAUCCUUUACCUAUGACUACGUCUUUGACCCGUCGACUGAGCAGGAGGAAGUCUUCAGUACCUCUAUUGCCCCUCUUGUAAGGGGUAUUUUCUCUGGCUACAACGCCACGGUUUUGGCCUACGGGCAGACGGGCUCCGGGAAGACCUACUCCAUGGGCGGGGCCUACACCGCCGAUCAAGAGAACGACCCCAUGGUUGGAGCCAUUCCCCGUGUCAUCAUGCUGCUCUUCCAAGAAAUGAAGCAAAAAGCCGAGUGGCACUUCGCCUUGAAAGUCUCCUAUUUGGAGAUUUACAACGAAGAUAUCUUGGACCUGUUGGCCACAGGCAAGGAACGGACUUCUCAGAUCAGCAUCCGCGAGGACCCCAAGGGAGGCAUUAAGAUUGUGGGCCUGACGGAGCACGUGGUGUCAAGCGCGCGAGAGACCGUCCUCUGCCUGGAACAAGGCAACAAUUCCAGGACGGUCGCAGCCACAGCAAUGAAUACGCAGUCGUCCCGCUCCCACGCCAUCUUCACCGUCUCGGUGGAACAGAAAAGCAAGGCUGAUGAGAACGUUGGCUUUCUUUCCAAACUGCAUCUGGUUGACCUGGCUGGUUCGGAGAGGCAGAAGAAGACGAAAGCCGAAGGAGAUCGGCUGCGAGAAGGCAUUAACAUCAACAAAGGGCUGCUUUGCUUGGGGAACGUCAUCAGCGCGCUGGGAGACGAGUCCAAGAAAGGCACUUUUGUCCCGUACCGCGACUCGAAGCUCACCCGGCUUCUGCAAGAUUCCUUGGGGGGCAACAGCCACACGCUGAUGAUCGCCUGUGUGAGCCCAGCGGAUUCCAACCUAGAAGAGAGCUUGAACACCCUCCGCUACGCCGACCGGGCCCGAAAAAUCAAGAACAAGCCGAUUGUGAACGUGGACCCACAAGCGGCCGAGAUCAGCCGGCUGAGGCUGCAGGUGCAAGAACUGCAAGUGUUACUGCUUCAAGCCCAUGGGGGGACGCUGCCCGUGACUCUUCGAGGGGAGCCCGCCGAAAAUCUCCCGUCCCUGAUGGAGAAGAACCAUUCGCUUUUGGAAGAGAACGCAAAACUCAGCCGUGGUUUGAGCGAAGCUGCCGGUCAGAUUGCUCAGCUGUUGGAGAGGAUCAUAGUGACCGAGCAGCAAAAUGAAAGGAUCGGCCAGAAGAUGGAAGAGCUCCGAGAACAUGCAGCAUUAAAACUCGACCUGGAGAAGCUGCUGACGGCGCUGGAGGACGAAGAACUGAAAGAGCCCCUGGAGCUGUUUAUGCAGCUACAGCGAGCGAUUGCUCAGCUGCUGGAACAUCCUGCUAUUGCCGACAUGGACAUAACGGAGCAGCAGUCUGAUCCUACGUCCUCGGUACCCCUGGAGGCGCCUCAGUCUUCGGACGACUACGCUGCCCAGCACGCCCUCCAGCAAGCUCAGAUGUCGAAGGAGCUGCUGGAGCUGAACCAAGCCCUGGCCCUGAAGGAGGCCCUGGCCCGGAAGCUGUCCCAGAGUGACCGGCAGCUGGAGCCCAUCCAGUGCCAGUCCCAGAUCAACGUCAAGAACCUGGAAGAGGAGGUGGCCAAGCUGCAGAAGGAGAAGGAAGACCUAGUCCUCGCCCUGCAGAUCAACAAGAAGGACGUCACCCAAGCUAAGCUGAGCGAACGUCGGCGGAAACGUCUCCAGGAGCUGGAAGGGGAGAUGACGGAGCUAAAGAAGAAGCUGAAGGAGCAGUCUAAGCUGCUGAAGAUGAAAGCAUCCAGCGAGCAGACCGUCUCCAAGCUCCACCAAGAAAUCUGGGCCAUGAAAAACCAACGCAUUCAGCUGAUUCGGCAGAUGAAAGAAGACGCGGAGAAAUUCCGGCAGUGGAAGCAGCAGAAGGAUAAGGAAGUCAUCCAGCUGAAGGCCCAGGAUCGCAAGCGGCAGUAUGAACUGGUCAAGCUGGAGCAGGACUUCCAGAAGCAGGCCGCCGUCCUCCGACGGAAAGCCGAAGAAGCUGCAGCAGCUAACAAGCGCUUGAAGGACGCCCUCCAGAAGCAGCACGAUGCCGGGACGAAGCGGAAGGUCCUUCAGAACCGGGGCUUCGAAGCGGCCGCUGCCCGGGUGAAGAACUGGCUGAUGAACGAAGUUGAGGUCCUCGUGAGCAUACAAGAAGCCCGCCACCAUCUAAACGACCUUCUGGAUGACCGCAAGACGUUGGCCAAGGAGAUUGCGCUGCUGAAGGAGAAGCAGGAGGCUGGCGAGGUUCUCCCGUCCAAAUACAGGAGACGGACCUUUUCCUACAAAUCCAUGGAAGUCAACCAUUCCAUCAGCAAGCAGAUUGAGAGCCUGGAGACCGAAAUGGAGCUGAGGAGCGCCCAGAUUGCAGAUCUGCAGCAAAAGUUGCUGGACGCCGAGACCAGCGACCGGACCAAACAGCGCUGGGAAAACAUUGCCACCCUAUCGGAAGCCAAGUGCGGCAUCAAAUACCUGAUUGGGGAACUGGUCUCCUCCAAAGUGGAAAACGGGAAGCUGGAAAGCCGCCUUCAGCAGAACAAAACCGCCUGCGCCGACGUGCACAAGAUGCUUCUGGAGGAGCGGAAGGGGGCUGCCGACGCGGAGGCCGAGCUGGAGAGGCGCCUGGUCCAGGUGCAAGAGGAGUACCAGGAGAAGAUCUUCUACCUGCUCAGCCAAGUCCCGCAAAAGGAAGAAGCUGAGAAAAGGCUGGAAAUGUCCAUUUCGGAACGGGAGCAGCAGCUUUUCGAGCGCCUCAAAUUCCAGGACGAAGAGCUGGGAAAAAUGAAAGAGGUGUUUGAGAAGAACCAGCAGCUGUGCGAAGAGCUGGACAGGCUGAAGCAGAAGCUGACCAUUCUCCAGGCUGCUAGCGGGCAGAAGAUCUACCACGUGGAUCCCGGCCUCGGAGACAGUCCCGAAUCUCCUUUUGAUUACAUCCCUCCCAAGCCGAAGCCUCGCCGGAUGACCAGCGCGAAAGCAAAAGCCGAAAUGAGUCCCGAAGACCCCUUCUCCGAAUCCUCUGAGUCGACAGAAGAAGCGGAGGAUGACUGGGUGCCGCCCAAAAUUGCCCGAGGCAUGAAGAAGAGCAUUUUAGGGUGCACCUGCCGAGGCCGCUGCGCGAACAAGCAGUGCGGUUGUCGGAAACACAAACUGGCCUGCUCGGAGGACUGUCGUUGUGAGGGAGAGAAGUGUCGGAACCGGGAGAAUGGGUUCUUGGACGGGCUGCUGAGCGACGAGCUGACGGGAGACCUGCGGGAGAGGACCUUCACCCUGGAGGAUCCCACCCAGGUGACCUGCGGAGACACUUUCUUUGCGCCCCCCAUCACACCAGCAAUGGGCCUGGAAGACACCAUCAAGCCCGAAUCCUUGGCAGCCCCCCAGAACGGCGCCCCGGCCUCCUCCUUCCUGGCCCUGGGACCCUUGGAGGGGGCCAAAGUCCCGCUGCCCACUUUGAAGAAGCAUCGGAAGCGGCUCCUGAGCAACACCAGCCGCCUCUUCUCCGGCUGCACCCCGAUCAAAGAGGGCUUCAUGGAGGAGAGCGAGCAGUCAGCCCGCCCACCCCUCUCCUCUUUUAAUGUGUAAAUAGUCCCUUUUAGGAUGUGUAUAGAUUAAUAAAUAAAGGUUUGCAACCCGGAAAGAUGGCUUCUUUGGCUGGCUUCCACCGGCCCCAGGCAAAAAGGGGGGGCCUUCCUCGAAGCCGACGGAGAAUCGAGACCCCCUCCCCAAUACAGUGGCUCUGCAAAAGCGAGGAGAGGAAUCAAAACUCAACCAGCCUUUCCCGACCCCGGGAACCCCGCUAAUUGCUCUCCGGGCCAGCCAUUGUCCUGGGGUCCCCGUUAAGUGGGGGGGGUCCACACUGACCUGGCUGGGCUCUUGGGUUGUCCCUUAAGGCAGGGGUCCUCAACCUUGGCAACAUUGAUGACUUGCAGACUUCAACUC